AUGUCGACAAUCACGAGCGCCGCAACUGCAUCAGCAUCAAGUCAUUUGGUAGGCCCAUUGACUACAACUUAUACACCCACAGGCUCUGAUUGUAAUCAAAUUUUCUGGGCUCAAAAUCUGAAAAAUUCUUGGCUUGCGCAUGGUGCUAUCGGUAGUGGGAGUACGACUUGUAUGCCCAGUGGAUUCAAUCGUGAAACAGCAUAUUAUUAUUCUCCGGGUGUCUGUCCAACAGGCUAUAGUGCCGCCUGCUCGUCAUAUUCCACAGACUCGAGUGCUACAAAAACCAUAGCUACUUGUUGUCCCACUGGCUAUACGUGUUUCGCAAAUAGAGCAUCAGACCAAAUUUAUGGAUGUACGUCCUACUUUUCGGAAGAUGAAACGUUAUCGAUCAAUAGCGUAUUAUUCGAUACUGUUACUGCGGCAAGCACAACCUCAUACCCCGUCAUAUACGCCAGCACGACGAUAACUGUCACAUCGGGCGUUGACAAGGUGGCAGCCUAUGGUGUAAUCAUCGAGAGAGCUUCAGACGAUCCUUCUUGGGUAUCAAGUACAGCUUCAUCUUCUACAUCUUCCUCAACGGCAUCACCAAUUGGAAGUGGCUCAGCCGCUGUCGCAUCCGCAACUUCGUCUCCAAGUAAUGUAUCAUCAGCAACAGAUUCAGCAUCUUCAUCAUCAGCAUCAUCGAGUACAGGAAUGUCCACUGGUGCCAAAGCUGGUGUGGCUAUCGGAGUAGCUCUUGGUGUUCUACUCAUUGCAGCGGGAAGUUUUCUGUUAUUCAGAAGACUCAGAAGACGCCCUCGUGGAUUGCAACCUGUUCCUGUAGGUGAGCUUGAUGGACCAACGCAAUAUUAUGAGAAGCCUAAUAGCGAUGAACCUUAUAAUACUCCUCCUUAUGUCACGGAAGCUCCAGAUACAACAGUAUAUCAACGAGGAGGAGAAUUGCAUGGCAACGAUAUAUCUUACGAGUUAUCCGGAAGUACGGCCGCGGGGAAAUAG